UCCCCCAUAUGCGUCCUCCAAACUUCUACCAACAAGAGAGGAGUUGUCGCGCGUGGUGAUGUAAUUUGUGUUAAACCACCUAGCGAGGAAACACAACGAAGAGCACACGACACAGUGAAUCUCCAUUUCGCGCAUGCUCUUGCCGCCAGUGUAUUCGCUAUUACGGUGCGGAGGACAAGGUGGCCCCAACGACGAGCAGUCCAGCGGAGGCCAGCGCACCAGUAGCCUACCCGACCGUGCAGUUCAACCGUGCGUACGUGCGUGCGUGCGUGCGUGCAGAUCCGGUGAUCCGGGUGAUGACCAGCAGCAUAACCCACUCCUCGGGCAGCCAGACCAUCUGAUUUUCUAGCUGGUGUUCCCGCCGUGUGACGUACCUACAAACCGCUCGCCUGCUUCGCCUGCGUUGCUAGCAGCCACCGCUAGCUGGCAAACGACGAACGCUCCCCUUAUCUCCUCUCCCACCUCACCUGCCUCUCUGCUAUCCUGUUCAACUCAUCGCCUCCUUCGAUUGGUUCUACUGCUAAUCAACUGGUUUGAGAAGAGGGCUCUCCUAGUUAGCUGCUGCUACGGGGAGACGCUGUUUAGUGUUAUAGCGAAAAAAAAAAUCGUUGGUUUGGUGUGAGCAGAGCGCAAUACUCGACGGGGAGCAGCCAGCGACCAGCGGACGUGCGGGGAUUUAGCAAAGGGUAGGGGUAGCAGCAGCUGUAUUCUUGCACAUAACCCGGAAGGAUCUACUAAACCGCACACAUACACACGCGGCCGCGCACCUACACAGAAAGACAUGCAGACACUAUCAACCGCAUCCUCUGUGCCGCGAAAUGGUGCCUACGAGGCGGUCUACUAGCAGAUCUGGUCCUCCGAUCCAUCCUCCAAGUGUUUAACCCGUUAAAGUUCGCUGGUGCAAAGUUCUCCUCUUUUCCCCGCACUGCGACCCUUGUGCAUCGACACAAAAUUGCAACGGAGCAGGCUAUCCAAGCUAGUCCAGCGAGGCCCAACGAUCCUAGCAACAACAACCACCACCAUGAGCGCGCCAGUGGAUGUCGAUAGUAACGUCCCGGUGGAUCCGCGGGUUCAGAUUGAGCUGGAAAAGCUGAACGAAGCGACCGAUAACAUCAACAAACAUGAGGUGGACCUGGACGAGGCGAAGAAUGAGUUCCGCGAGCUGCUGCGGGAAAGCGCUGAGAAGAUCAAGGCCAUCGCAAAGAAGGUGGGCAACUCGAUUGAAGUGGCCAAACCGUACUACGAAGCGCGCCUGUACGCAUCCCAGCUGGCCAAGGAGACGCAACAGUGCGCGCUAAACUUUGAUAAGGCCAAGUCGGUACAUGCGGCGGCCAAAGAGAUGGUGUACCUGGCGGAGCAGGGCUUAGGAGAGAAGUCGACACUCGACACGGCCUGUCAGGAGAUGCUGACGCACGCGACGACCCGGGUCAACGAGAGCCAGAACGAAUGUACCGAGAUGCGGAACGUGUUGAAGAUCAGCGAGCUGAAGCUGGAGGUGGCUAACAAUCGGGUGUGCAAGCUGCACUCGCAACUCAAGGGUGCGAUCCGCGCCUCGAGCUUUGAUAUUCGGCGCAAUCUGUUGAUGAUCAAUGUGCUUGCUUACCAGCACGCGUUGCUUUUCCUGCCAUAUUACGAGCUGCGUGCCAAUUACAACGCCUUGCUGCUGGAACAGAAGCAGAAGGUGGUGGAGCUGGAGUCCAAGGUGGCCGCGUCGAAGCUGCGAUACAACGAGGCACUCAGCAACCUGGAGCUGAUCUCCGAGGAGAUCCAUCGGCAGCGCAAGGCACGGCGAGCCAACAGCACGGACGAUGAUGGCGCCGGAUCGUGCUCUUCCGGAUCGUCGGCCACCGCCCACCGCACUAAGCUGCUGGCGAUGCAUCUACCCGCGUUCGGUGUCUGCCCGUCGGGAGCGGCUGGCAGCGCGUCGGCCGUGCCACCGACGGCCCGGAUCGAGUGCAGCGACGAGUAUCUGGAGUUUCCGGCCAAGCUGACGGUGAAGGCGAGCCCGGUGAAGCAGCGUUACCUAGACAAGCUAGACUGUCCGCACCUGCUGAAAGACUUUGCGCGCAAGACGAGCCCGAGCGCCGAGAGCGACUCGGACAACUGCCAGUACUCGCCGAAUCCGACGAUCGACGACAUCACCAACAUGUCGUCGGAGGAGAUCGAGCAGUGGACCGAGAUCCGCCUGUCGAACUCGAACAGUACCAGCAGCAGCUCCGGGUACUCCCAGCACAACUCGCUGGUGCUCGACGACGCGCCGACCCCGCAAGACGAGACGACCGACUCGUCUUCCGACGACAGCCCCAAGGCAAAGGCGCGUAUUAUCAAACAGAUCACGUAUGGGCCGGCAUCGACGAUAAAUCCUCCGCACCCAUCCGGCCCCGGCAGCCAACCUUUCGAAGCCAUGGCACCGCGUGGCAUCAGCGGCUGGAUCGCUAAGACGGCCGGCAGUUCCAUCGCUGGCAGCGCGGCUCCCACCGUCGCUACCGCUACUGCUGCUACUAGUGGGCCCAUGGCCAAUCUAGCUACUUGCUCCGGCACAGGCGGGGGUGGUGGUGGUGCACGUCGACAAAGUCUCGACAUCAUCAUCGAUACGGGCGACCGGGUGAAGGACGCGUUCACGCAGGGUAUCCAGCGGAUUGGCAAGUCACUCGAGCGGAGAAACAGCGAGUCCGAAGCCACCGGUGACGACGCGGUAUCGGUCGGUAGCGAUUUUUUUCUCUUCCAGCGCUCGGACCCUGCGAAGGAUGGUCUCUCGGAUGAGCAAGUGGAGAACCUACUUCUAGACCAAGACUGCACGGACAUCUUUCACAACGUAGUGAACAUAUCAAAGUAAUAGCGGAAGAAGAGUCCGAACCAGUUCUGCCCUACUAGGACCUGAGUGGCGCUCAGGACGGCUUAGAUCGGUGGUGAAGGCAGUUUGGAGUUUAGAGCAGUAUGUAGUAAGCAAUUCUUGCAAUCAAAGCAUCUCAAACCCUAUUCAAGCAGCGAUGGGACGCCCUCAUGUGAAUUCGUUCCAUGCUCUAGAACGCUGCUUGUGAGCGCAGUUCGCUAAUCUGUCGCAUUUGACACGAAAGGGCCAGCAAUAAAGAGAUCAUAAAGGAGGCGGAUUAUGUUUAAACUCA